CACCCACUCCAUUUCCAUUUCCAUUUUCAUUUCAAUUUCCUCUCUGUAAUCACACAAAAUCUCUCCCAUGGCCGCCGCCCUCUUCUUCUUCCUCCUUGCAAAUUUCUUCUCUCCCGCCGUUUCUUCAUCUCUCUCACUUUCCUUCCCUCUCAAAGCCAUCUCCCUCUCUCCAAAAACCCACCUUUCUUCUUCCCCACUACUUGAAAAUGCAAUAUCAGUCUCUCCGGCGAAGAAACCGGCGGCUCCGGCGGCGGCGGUUUCAUCGCCGCCGUACAGUUACAAAACAUCGUUUAGAUAUUCAAUGGCACUGAUAGUAUCUCUACCAAUAGGUACCCCACCACAAACCCAACAAAUGGUGCUUGACACUGGAAGCCAGCUGUCAUGGAUUCAAUGCGACAAGAAAAAACCACCUCCUACGACGACGUUUGAUCCUUCUCUCUCAUCCUCUUUCUCUCUCUUACCCUGCACACAUCCUCUCUGCAAGCCACGUGUCCCAGAUUUCAGUUUACCGACUUCAUGCGACCAAAACCGACUCUGUCACUACUCAUACUUCUACGCCGACGGUACUCUAGCCGAGGGUAAUUUAGUCAGAGAAAAAUUCACUUUCUCAAAUACCCAAACUACCCCUCCUCUAAUCCUCGGUUGCGCCGCCGAUUCUGACUCGUCCAACGCCCAGGGUAUUUUGGGUAUGAACCGAGGCCGACUCUCUUUCGCUUCACAAGCUAGGGUUUCGAAAUACUCCUACUGCGUGCCGCCUCGCCGGCGACAGAAUUCCACGGCGGCGAUGACAACGCCGGAAGGAACUUUCUAUCUGGGUGACAACCCGAAUUCGCAUUCUUUUCAAUACGUGAAUAUAUUAACGUUUCUACGGCCUCAACAAAUGCCGAAUCUUGAUCCAUACGCAUACACGCUACCUUUGAUGGGAUUGAGAUUAGGUUCGAAAAGAUUGAACAUUUCGACAUGGGUUUUCCGACCGGAUGCCGGAGGAUCAGGACAGACGAUGAUAGAUUCCGGGAGUGAAUUUACUUACUUGGUUGAUGAAGCUUAUAGUAAAGUGAAGGGUGAAAUAGUAAGUUUGGUGGGUAAUAAAAUGAAGAAGGAUUAUGUGUAUGAGAGUUCAUUGGAGAUGUGUUUUGAUGGGAAUCCGAUUGAGAUCGGACGGUUGAUAGGAGAUCUGGUAUUUGAAUUUGAAAAAGGGGUUGAGAUAUCAAUAGGUAAAGAGAAGGUUUUGAAUGAUGUUGGAGGUGGGAUCCACUGUGUUGGAAUUUCUCAGUCGAGUUUUCUUGGAAUUGCUAGUAAUAUAAUCGGGAACGUUCAUCAACAAGAUCUGUGGGUUGAAUAUGAUGUGGUUAAUCGGAAGGUGGGAUUUGGUAGAGCUGUUUGUAGUGGAUCAGGAUGAGUAAAUAUCUGGUGUGGUCGAGUGUAGAGGAUGAUGAUGAUGAUCAUGUAGAUAAUAAUAAUAAUAUAAUAUUUUUUAUUUUUAUUAUAUAUAUAUUAUGGGAAAUUUAGAUAUUUUGUAGGAGUGAAGUUAAGUUUUAGCCAUGUUUGGUUGGUUGAAGCACAUGAGAGAUGGUUUUAAAGAUAUGUUUGGAAAUAUAUACAUCUACAA